CAGACACAGGACGAACCAAACAUGAGCGCCCUGGGAGCUGUUGUCGCCCUCCUGCUCUGUGGGCAGCUUUUCGCAGUGGACACUGGCAACGAGGCCACAGAUAUUGCAGAUGACAGUUGCCCAAAGCCCCCCGAGAUUGCAAAUGGCAACGUGGAGCACUUGGUCCGCUAUCAUUGUAACACUUACUACAGACUGCGCACUGAAGGAGAUGGAGUGUACGCCUUGAACAGUGAGAAGCAGUGGGUAAAUAAGGACAUUGGAGAGAAACUUCCUGAAUGUGAAGCAGUAUGCGGAAAGCCCAAGAAUCCAGUGGAGCAGGUGCAGCGGAUUAUAGGUGGAUCGGUGGAUGCCAAAGGCAGCUUUCCCUGGCAGGCUAAGAUGCUGUCCCGCCACAAUCUCACCUCGGGGGCCACCCUGAUCAAUGAGCAAUGGCUGCUGACCACGGCUAAGAAUCUCUUCCUGAAUCACACACCUGAUGCAAAGCCAAAAGACAUUGCCCCUACUUUAAGGCUCUAUGUGGGGAAAAACCAGCUUGUGGAGAUUGAGAAGGUGGUUCUCCACCCUAACUACUCCGAGGUCGACAUCGGGCUCAUCAAACUCAAACAGAAGGUGCCCGUUGGUGAGAGAGUAAUGCCCAUUUGCCUACCUUCAAAAGAUUAUGCGGAAGUGGGGCGUGUGGGUUAUGUGUCUGGCUGGGGCCGGAACGCCAACUUUAAUUUCGGUGAGCUACUGAAGUACGUCACGCUGCCGGUGGCUGACCAAGACACCUGUGUGAAGCACUAUGAGGGCAGCACUGUGCCCGAAAAGAAGACACAAAAGAGCCCUGUCGGGGUGCAGCCCAUACUGAAUGAACACACCUUCUGUGCUGGCUUGUCCAAGUUUCAGGAGGACACCUGCUACGGCGAUGCUGGCAGCGCCUUUGUUGUGCACGACGAGGAGGACGACACCUGGUACGCAGCCGGGAUCCUGAGCUUCGAUAAGAGCUGUGCUGUGGCUGAGUACGGUGUGUACGUGAAGGUACCCUCCAUCCUGGACUGGGUUCAGCAAACCAUAGCUGCCAACUAACGCAAGGCUGGCUGCCAGCCCUUGCUCGAGAGCGAGACUUCACUCUGGAAGAGGGAAAACUGGAGGGGAGUGGGGGGAGCUGAUGGGCUCCAGCCCUGCACUGC